AUGGAGCUAAGCUUUAUAGUUUUGAUUUAUUCUUUUGCUGUCUGGAUGGCAUCGAGAACUGAGGCACUGACGUUUUCACAUCGAAGCAAAUGCCGGCCAUUGGAAAUCGCAUCUUGCCGAAAACUGGGUUACAAUCAAACACGGAGAGUUGAUGAAGUGUAUUUGAGCAGGCCAGUAAAGGUAUUGCAGCAAUACAUCAAGCUGAUCGAUGACAUUCGAUGCUCAAAAGACGCACUUUUCUUUCUCUGUACAAUAUAUUCCCCUGUGUGUUUCGAAGCUUAUACGCCAAGAGUUCUUCCCUGUCGCUCCGUUUGCGAGCGGGUUAAGAAAGGAUGCUUGCCCUUUGUGAAAAUUGCUGGCUUUUCCUGGCCUAGCGAACUAGAUUGCAAUGGACUACCGGAAUACAGUACUGGAGUGUGCAUCCGACCAAGUGCUAUCGUUGCACGUGGUGCCAAUAGGGACGAAGAAACACCUAACAAAGAGGAGCGAAAUGCACCUUGUCCAAAAUGUCAAAAACAGCAAGAGUUGCAACGAUUCAAGCAGUUCAAAAGAGCCUCUUAUGUCGUAGAAGCUGAGGUGAAGUCGCGUAUGACAAGUGCAGAAGGAGAGACAAAGCUCAUGGUCGUGGUCAGCAAAGUCUACAAACAAGGAUCCGUGACGAUAGCAAAAGGGCCGCAACAACUUUUGUCUCCAACAAGAUGUGUCUGUCCAGAGGUGGAUUUCGACAAGAAAUUAGUCAUAUUUGGACACGAGGACAAGAAAAGAGGAGCGCUGAUCUUUGACCCCAGAUCCAUAGUCGCGUUACCCUCGAAGCAGGCGAAAAAGAAACUACAGAAGUGGGUGAAAAAAUACAGCCGUCAUGUCACAAGAAAGCAGAAACGAAAGCAGAAGCCAUCUUGAAUUUAGAUUCGGACUUCUCAACAUCCGACAUGUAUUAAAAGCAUUGUUUUUAUUUCUUAACCCGUGACGUUUAAAUCUUCCACCACGAGCUAACCCCUGUCUUUGAACACAUAAGCAGAAAUUCAAUGUGAACAAGUUUAGGUACGAAGUGAGACUUUCUCUUGUAGAUAUAUCUUUAAUGUCUUGAUCACGACAGUUUUCACGACUCUUUGUAUUCCUUAUAUAAUCUAGAACUGUGUAAAAAUGACCACGUAUAAAUUUUUCCUCCUUCCUGAUUGAACCUAAUCCCUUGCGUAUGGGUUACAGAUCGAAAAUAUUUGCUGGGCAUACAAGAAAUACCAGAUUGAAAGGGCUCUACUAGUCGGACUAAAAGAUGGAAUCAGAGUUGGAAUCAAGUUUUCGCCAAGUUCAUAAUGGAUAAAGAAAUUGGUACAAAGUUAAAAACAAAGUCCAUAAUUGCGUUCCCAGAGUCCUUAAGUGCAUAUUCUUCGCGUUAUUUGUGCUUGCAAUUAAUGUCUAAACAAAUAAAAAUUCGGUAAAAACGAUUAGCAUCUCUGACAGUGAACCUAUCUAUGACUGACCAUUUCAUGGGUGUUCCGAAGGUAUCAAAAAGCCGACAAAUCGUUAAAUAUGUAUUGCAAUUAAUAUAUCUUCAAGUUGACAGUAUUUGCUUUCCAUUGCCAGGGGUAUAAAAGGUGGGAGACCAGUAUACGGGUCCUGAGGCAUGGUUGGCUGAAUUCGAUGCGAGGCAGUGCGAUUACGAGGUAACAACAAUUCUACAAACAUGAUUUGUUGUUUAUACGAGGUUUUUACGAAAUUAUAAUACACAUUAGGCCUUCAUAAAACUUACUGUCUAUCAUCUAAAAUGUAAAAAUCAAGAUUUGCAACGCAUAUUGAUUAAAUUUUAUCAUAUAAUAGGAAAUAUCGCUUUCAUUUGUAAUGAUUUACGAUAGAAACCGUUGUAAAUGAUGAAAUCUAAAAACUUCAAAUUUCAUGAUAGCAUGGGAUCGUAUAGGAACGGACCUUUAUCAUGAAAGGCUAAAAUCUCCUUCGUGUCGCAUGCUGUAAUCGUAUUGAGAUAUAAUUUUUAGGACAUUAUCAAAAGUAUAUACUUUUAGUACCUUUGUUUCAUUCUUGAUGUUUCGUUGUUUCACUUUUAUCAUAUCAAAAUAUUGUCAUCAACACAUACUGCACA